CUUCAAAAGUUUUGGCAAACACUCCUCUGAGGUCCUCGCAGACAGCUUCGUCUUCAACCUUUGGCUUCAUCACAAAAAACAAAAGCUGCACUGAAACUGCAUUUGAUUUUAUAAUCAAACAUAAAAUUCUACGUGAUUCGAAUUGCACGAUAUUUCUCCCCAAUUGAUCAAAAUGAUCCGAUUCAUACUAUUGCAAAACAGGCAAGGAAAAACUCGAUUGGCCAAAUAUUACAUUCCUCUUGAGGAAUCCGAGAAACACAAAGUCGAAUACGAGGUUCACCGGUUGGUUGUAAACAGAGAUCCCAAAUUUACUAAUUUUGUUGAGUUCCGAACUCACAAGGUUAUCUAUAGGCGAUAUGCUGGAUUGUUCUUCUCACUGUGUGUUGACAUGACUGACAAUGAGUUGGCUUAUCUGGAAUCCAUUCACUUGUUUGUGGAGAUACUGGAUCAUUUUUUCAGCAAUGUCUGUGAGCUAGAUUUGGUAUUUAAUUUUCAUAAGGUAUAUCUUAUCUUAGACGAGUUCAUACUUGCUGGAGAACUCCAAGAAACGAGCAAGAAGGCAAUCAUAGAGAGAAUGGGGGAAUUGGAAAAGCAGGAAUAGGGUUUCAUGUGGUGGACAAUUAACAAUCUUUUUGAGCCAUUUAUCAACAUCACUCGAAGAACACAAAAACGCUACUUGCUGUGAUGAUUGUCGUCUGAUCAGUACUGCUUGCUCCUUAUUUCUUUUGCACCCAUUGUUUUCCUAAUUCCGACAAGGAGACCUUGUUUACAAUCCCGGAAAUGCAUUUGUUUGUAAAUUUCUUUGGUUUUCUUGUAACGAUGGUUUGUUGAACCUAAGCAAAUGAUAGUUGGCUCUUUUAUAUACAUGUUAUCUAGCCAUACAAAUGGUGAUGCUUGUCUUUUCUCUU